AUGACCACACUAAUCUCACCAGUUAGUAUGUUCAGAUCAGAUUCGAUUCCAAUUCAAACUAACUCAUCAAGUUCAACUUCCACUCGAUUUUCAUUAUCACUACCAAUAGAUUCAACCACCACCACGACGAAUCCCAAAUCAAAUCAUUAUAUCUUAAAAUCCAAUUCAUUAAUCUCAGCAUUAAUCUCACCACAUCAUCAUCAUUCAAACCAUCAACAUACCCAUCAUCAAUCUAAUCAUCUAUCAAACCCACCACACCAAACUCUGAGGUCUUCUUCAUCCAAUCAUCAAAACAGAUUACCAAGACCAAGAGCAUUAAGUUCAUCACAUUUACCACCCCCGUUCCCUUCACCAUCCGGUACAUUCUUACCACCUCCUCUGGGCCAUUAUUUACCACUAAGGUUACCGUCCCAUUCAGAACGAAAAUCACGUUCGAACAAAGAAAAAACUAGAUCUGAUGUGUGUCGGGUUGAAGAUGAAGAAGAUCAUCGUCAAGAAGGUUUGAGAUUGGGGUUGGGGAAUAAGUGGCAUAAGAGGUCUUCUAGUUUACAUACUUUACCUUCUUUGGAUCGAUCGGAAACUUACCAAACUAGAAAAAGAUCACUUUCUAGUACUGUGAUGGAUACAAGCUCAAAUCAGAAUCCGAUUACCAAACCACAACAACAACAUCAUCCGAUCUUGAUACGUGAUUUCGGGUUUCCGUUGAAUGAUGAGCGACAUUAUAGGACUAUCCAAACGGAUCAACUGAGAACGAAUCCCUCAAACUAUUCAAGACCUUUGAUGAAACCGAACUCGUUGGAAGAAAGCUUUCAAUCACAGUUAUGUUUACCACCGGAAGAAGAAGGGGAAGAAGAAGAAGAAUUGAGACUUGGUUCUAAUAAACCUAGUUUAUGGACUACUACUAUGAGGACUGAACGAACUGAAACAGAUCAUCGCGAGGAGGAGGAAACAGGGGAAGAAGAAGAAGAUGAAGAAGACGGGUUGAGAGAAGAGAUUGAAAGAAGAAGAGAAUCGUUAGACAAAAGUUUACAAUCGAUCGGAAGACCGUCGAUCGGCUCUAACUUGGAUUCAUCAGGAAGCACUUCCUCGUCCCCAGGAUCAUCAGGCGAAGAAGAAGAUGAAGGGUUAUGGGUAGCCUUGUAUGAUUUUGUAGCAGAAGGAGAAGGCGAGAUGGGAAUCUAUGAAGGCGAGAUCUUGAGAGUUUUGAAGGUCGUUUGUGAUGGAUGGGUGAUUGCGAGAAAGGUUCCGGGUGAAUUGGAUGAAGAUGGAAGGUUUGUCGAACGGGUUUUGGACCCGACUUGUUUGGCUGAAGAGACUAGGAUUGAUGCUGCUAUUGAAGUUAUGCCUAUGGGAUUGUGUCCUCAGAAUUAUUUGGCUAGGAUUUAA